GCAGAAAUAAAAGAAAUUCAAGAAGAAAACUGGAAUCUUUAUUUACAGAUAGAUUUGCUUAAGGAAAACUUAAAUAUUUUGGAAGAAAAAUGUAAUCAGUUACAGAAUUUUAAUGAAGAUAAAAAUAAAAACAUUGACAUUUUAAAUAAGGAAGUACGGGACUUAAAGGAUAAGAAAACGAUAUAUGCAAUAGAAAUUGACAAAAUUUUAAUAGAAAAAAAUAAUAUAAGAAUUGAAAGGGAAGAAUUUGAUAAAUCUAAAACAGAAUUUAAAAUAAUAGAAGAAAAGUUUUAUGAAGAAAAAAUAGAAUUUGAAAAGAACAAAGAUGAGUUUUUAAAGGAAGCAGAACAACUACAGAAAUGUAUAGACACAUUGGAAAAAGAAAAACAAGAAAUAUUGGAAAAUAAAAAAGAGUUAGAAAAAGAUAAACAAAAACUAGAAGAAGAUAUACAAAAACUAGAAAAUGAAAAAGUUAAACAAGAAAAUAAUAUGAAAAAUAUCAUAAUAAAGUAUAACAAUUUACAAAAAGAACAUGAUAAUCUUAUAACUGAAAAUUCGAAUAAAGAACAUACGUUAUUAGAAAAGGAACAAAAAGUGAACAUAGUAGAAAAGAAGAACGAAAUAUACAAGAACAAUGUGACAUUCUUAGAUCAUAAAUUGCAGGAAUUACAA